CAGACCCCGCGAGCCGCUGCUUCUUAUGCUGUAGGUGUGCCUGUGUGGAGCCAGAGCAGAGCUCAGCGCCGGGGCAACUCUCCCGCUCACAGCCACCCGAGCGCUCUGCCAAACCUGGGGGGCUUACGCACGCACCCGUCCCGGGCCCCGCUCCUGUCCCUGGACCAGAGGAUCCACUCCUGGGGGGGCUUUUUGACGCACCCACCCAGGGCCCCGCUCCUGUCCCUGAACCAGAGGAUCCACUCCUGGGGGGCUAAUUUACGCACCCACCUGGACCCCCUUCUUUUUUUGGGAACAGUGGAUCUACACCACGCUCAGAGGCCAGGCCGGGGACAAACUGUCCACAGAUUCACCCUCUCUCUCUCCUGAGAGUUCCCUUCUCCCCUCCUCCUCCCCCCCCCCCCCCCCCCCCCCCCAUCUCAGCCUGAUGCUCUUUUCCUCUCCAACCAUGGCGAGACGGCAAAGCCAGGCUUCGCCCGCCGAGGCCGUGACCUUCGCCUUCGCCCUCAUCCUCCUCUUCCUCACCUCGUCUGCCGCCGCCGCCGCUGCCGCCGAAGAGUACGACUACUACAGCUGGCAGUCGGACAACUUCCACCAGGGGCGCUUCUACGCCAAGCAGCCGCAGUGCGUGGACAUCCCGGCCGACCUGCGGCUGUGCCACGGCGUGGGCUACAAGAGGAUGCGGCUGCCCAACCUGCUGGAGCACGAGUCCAUGCCCGAGGUCCGGCAGCAGGCCGGCAGCUGGGUGCCCCUGCUGGCCAAGCGCUGCCACGGCGACACGCGGGUCUUCCUCUGCUCGCUCUUCGCGCCCGUGUGCCUGGACCGGCCCAUCUACCCCUGCCGCUCGCUCUGCGAGGCGGUGCGGGACGGGUGCGCCCCCGUCAUGGAGACCUACGGGUUCCCCUGGCCCGAGAUGCUCCAGUGCGACAAGUUCCCCCUCGACAAUGACCUGUGCAUCCCCAUGCAGGCCCCCGGCGGGCACGCCACACAGACCCCAGCCUCCAAGGUCUGCCCUCCGUGCGACAACGAGCUGAAGGCCGAGAGCAUAAUGGAGCAUUUCUGCGCCAGCGACUUCGCGCUGAAGAUGAAGAUUAAGGAGGUGAAGAAGGAGAAAGGCGACCGCAAGCUGGUGGCGGCGCAGAAGAAGAAGAAGGUGCUGAAGAUGGGCGGCCUGCGGAAGAAGGACCUGAAGAAGCUGGUACUGUACAUAAAGAACGGGGCGGACUGCCCCUGCGCCCAGCUGGACGGCCUGGGCAGCAGCAGCAGCAGCAGCUUCCUCAUCAUGGGCCGCCGGGUGGAGCACCAGCUGCUGCUCAUGUCCAUACACAAGUGGGAGAAGAAGAGCAAGGAGCUCAGGUUCGCCGUCAAGUACAUGAAGUCCCAGCAGUGCCCCACCUACCACACCGUCUUCCAGUGAUCCCACGCAUACUCACGCGCACACACACACACACACACACACACACACACAGAUCCACAUGCAUGCACACACUCACACGCUCUUUCACUC